AAACGCUCUGAGUUUAAUUUAGAGCAGAAUGAUUUCCAUAUCGAGUAGUCAGAGAGUACUCAGUCAUUGGUUGGAAAGGCUAAUUCAGAUCUGAAAGAUUUUUUAUACGAGUAUUUCUAUUUUUUGUUGCUUUUCUUUUUUUCGGAUGAUAUCCAUUAAACAUGGAAAAGUACAAUGCAGAACUCCCGCCCCAUGAUUUAAUGGAUAACUUGAAUGGAGAAUCAACUAGUUUAGCUACAUCACACAAAUUUUUCUCAAAGCAUACCCUUUUGAACUACUUUCCAAAGUACAAGUUAAAGAAAUCAGGUGUCAUUUAUAUUGAUGAAAGACCUCCUGUUAUUCAAUGCUUCUUUAUGGGCAUCCAACAUGUACUCGCCAUGUUUGGCUCGACUGUCAUUGCGCCCCUUAUGAUGGGUUUAGAUACAAAUACUGCACUCUUCUUUUCCGGCAUCGGAACCAUUAUCUUUUAUGUUAUCACAGGAGGAAGAGUUCCUUCUUAUGUCGGUUCUUCAUUUGGCUUUAUCGGUGUUGUCAUCUCUGCCACAGGUUACAAUUAUUCACCGACCUCAGGACCAAAUGAUCGUACAGACGUCGCUGCAGGAGGAAUCCUUAUCUGUGGUCUUGUUUACGGCGCGAUUGGUCUUAUUGUAUUAUUGGUUGGAUAUGAUUGGAUUGAAGUGAUCAUGCCACCAGUUGUGACAGGUUCAGUUGUAAUGACGAUCGGUAUUCACUUGUCUACCUCUGCUUUCCAAAACGCUACACAGACUUCAUUUGAUGGCUGGAUGGCUUUUACGACUAUUAUGCUUAUAUCGCUCAUCAGCAUUUACGCGCCCGGUAUGCUCAAGCGUAUUCCUAUUCUGAUAGGUAUGGUAAUUGCCUAUCUUAUCAAUUUUGGUGUAGGCUGGUCAGGUGCAGGUCCUGCAAUUGAUUACACACAGGUGUAUGAGGCCUCUUGGUUUGCCGCUCCCAAGUUUGUGAAACCCAAAUUUGAGGGACAAGCCAUCAGUAUUAUUGUUCCUGUCUGUGUCGUCUUGCUCGCUGAGAACUUGGGCCAUUUGAAGGCAGUAGGUGCCAUGGCCGAGAAACCCUUGGACAAGUACUUGGGUCGUGCCAUUCUGGGAGAUGCCAUAGCAACGGUUGUAUCCGCUGCUGGUGGUGGACCCGGUACUACGACGUAUUCUGAAAAUAUUGGUGUCAUGGCUGUUACACAAAUCUUCUCCACCUUGAUCUUUUUAAUUGCCGCUGUCAUCGCUAUCCUCUUGGGAUUCAUCCAAAAGUUUGGUGCAGCAAUUCACACUAUACCUGAAGGUGUCUUUGGUGGGUUAUCUAUUAUUCUCUUUGGAUUGAUUACCGUAUCUGGUGCAAGAAUUUGGGUAGAAAAUGAAGUAGACUUUAAGGAUUCAAGGAAUAUGUUGGUUGCUGGUAUUCCAGUUGUAAUAGGUGCAGCCAUGCAAACAACAUUACAAUGGGGUAACUUUCAGCUAGAUGGCAUUGGCCUGCCUACGUAUACUGCUAUUCUUUUAUACCAAAUUCUUCGUGGAUGGGGUAAUUUGAAAAAUAUUCUGAAACGAUCAAAGAGCAUGUUCAAAAAGAAAAAAGAAUUAUCUGUUUAAGGGGCCCUUUUUAUUCACAAUACUGCAGCUUAUAUACAUAUUUUUUCUCUCUCUUUC